AUGAAAAAAGAGUGGAAGAUUUAUGACCGCUUAAUGAGGCUUGAAACCGGACUCGGUGGGACGAGAAGCCUAGUAGAUGCGUCCCCUGAGUGGAUGGAUAGUGAUGAUUAUAAUUCAUCCAAUGAUAAUGAAGAAUGUGAAAUGGAAGAAGAUAGAGAAUUUGAAAUGUUAUGUGGAUUAGCUUUGAAAGGGAUAAUACUCGCUCGUAACUUACGCAUGUCAUGUCACACUUCAGAUCGCACAUGGAACAUGUUUAUUAGUGAAGUACUAAAUGGCCAUCCUAGAUGUUGUUAUGAGAUGUUUAGACUCAACGUACCGGUUUUUAGACAAUUAUGCAUAGAUCUUGCUACAAAUUACAGACUACAACAAACACGAAAAGUAUCUAUUGAGGAGUCUGUAGGAAUAUUCUUGAUGACUUUGGCUCAUGGGUGUAACAAUAGAUUUGUGAAAGAAUGUUUUAAUCAUUCGGGGGAAACGAUUCAUAGGCAUUUCCAUACAGUUUUGGAAGCCGUGCUAAAACUGAGUGCCGACAUCAUCAAGCCAGACGUAAACUAUAAUGAUGAUGUUCCCGAAUAUAUAUUAAAUAAGCCUCGGUAUUAUCCAAUGUUCAAGAUGCUUGAGGAUGGAAAGAUUAUCGUAUGUAUUGAAAUGCACUUGAAAAUGUUGGGGGAUUACUUAGCGUUCUUAAUUUAUGAAGUUGAUUACUUGGUCAAGCAUUUCUGCAAACUCAUAGUGUGCUUAUUAAUUUACUCCAGAAGAGUAGAUGGGUACAGAUGCAUAAAGUGAAGAGUUAACCUCCUAACCAAGACUUGAAAAUAGACAACCAUCUGAAAAUAAAAG